CGUCCCCCAGGUGUAUUGGCGGUUGCAAUUAAAAUUGUUUAUACGGAAAAUCGAUUUCCAGUUUUGUCCUUUCAGUAGGAAAUUAGAUAUAACACUCUAUUAGCUAAAAUUAAUCGCGUUAGAAUGUCCCAACCGUACGUAAUCCGUGUGAUGGAGGAGAUGGGAUGGGGUUCGAACGGUGGUUUCAUCCCAAUCGCCAACGAGGAAAACAAAAAACUUCUGGACUAUGUCAACCGGCUGGGUGACCGGAAAACGGAAGGAUCCUCUAAGGUGCAGAUCAGUGACCAGCGGGUAACGAAAUUGCAGGCCCACUUGAAGAACGUGCAGGUCGAGUUCGAUCAAAAUCUCAAACUGCUGGCGGAAGACAAAGGACAGAUCGAUACGGAGCAUGGGUUGCUGAAGUUGUCCGAGAAUGAUGGCGGCAAGAUGCGGAAGAUGGCGAAGGAGGUGCAGUACGGAAGGGAGGAACUUGAGCGCCACGACCAACGCUCGCAAAAGGAAAUGAAAAAGCUAACUGCCAACAUGGAACGGUUCACCGAGCGAAUCAAAUGGGCCAAAGCGGCCCUAACGGAGUGGCGACAGGUGAUGGACAAUGGCGAAGAAACGAACAAGCUCAUCGAAAAAUACUGCAAACUGGACACAGGUCGAGCCGAGACCCUGGAAGCCAAACGAAAAAUUCUUGAAGACAAGGUUUCCAAGCGACGCACACUGUUGGUGUCGCUAGCCGAGGAGUACCGCUCGUUGGAACAGGUGCUGGAACGCACCUCGCAACUGUAUCGUCAGGCACAUACUGAACGGCGUCAAAUGGUGUUAAAGUGGAAGGAAGCAGUGAAGCACAUGAACCAACGCGAGGAAGACAUCAAAGGGGUCGAGGAGGAAAUCGAGAAGGCCAGGGAGAUAAGCAAUAUGCUGAAUGACGACCUACAAGCGCAGGUGGAAUUUUUGGAGGAACAGGAACGAAACAACAAGGAGAUUGAGCUGGGUAUUGCGGAGCUAAACGUGGAAGUAUCGAAACUUAGAAACCGACUGAACACGUUAACGGACAGCGUACAGCUGAAAACGAACGAGUAUCAGAUAACGCGAAAGGCGGUGCAAAAUGUGUCCAACAAGCUUAGCGGUAUGCGAAACAAAAAUCGUCAGGCGUUGAUGGAGGAGGCUGAGAAGGAGAAGCAGAUUCACGUAAACCUAAGUCAGUUGGAAGAAUUGAGGGAGCGAUUUGAAAACUUCAGAAGUAAAACAUUGUGUGCCCAGGAAAGAUUGAGACAGUUGAACGAGAUUGUUGAACAGGAGGAGAAGCAAAUUAAAAUACUUAGCGACGAAACGGCACGACUGUCAACUGCUCUGUAUCGCGCUCAAAUGCAGCUUGUGUCAAUGAGAGACGAGGACAAGCUUUUAAAAAUUGAGAUUCAUUCAAUGGAUUCUGGCAUUGGGAAGAUAAAGGCAGCGAUGAAGGUACAAGAGAAGGAAAUUAUUCGCCAAACAGAAAUUUCUUACAACGUAGACUAUAAUAUGGAGAAGAUCGAGAAGAGGAUAGCGAAUAUGAAGGGAGAAAACAAGCAGGAGGGAGCCAGCAGAUCGCACGCCAAGUUGGCUCAAGCAGAAGCUAUCUUCUAUGCCCGAAUGCAAAAUCAUUCAUUGCUUCAGGCGCAAAUUGCAAAGAUACAAAUUGAUUUUCGCAAUUUGAACGCGAUUUACCAGCAGGAUUGCGUGGAGAUCGAUAGAAUGAUCGGUAAGCUAAAAGAGAAGUCUCUUAUGGUGGAGGGCGGCGAGAAGAAGCUACGACAGUGCACCACCGAAAAUCAGGAAAGGCUGGUCGAGAAGAGUUUACUGAAGAUGCGCAUCAACCAGAUGGAGUUGCUGGUUGAUAAACAAAACGACAAGAUGUACACACUAGAGCGCCAUCGCAUGGAACUGGAAACUGCUAUUAAUGAGCGAUUGAUCGACAUAAAUUCCCAGAAGGACAUGCUGAUUCUUAAAAAGAAGUAUUUACAUGAUGAGCGAGCCCAACUAAGAGCGGACAUCAGCGAAAGAGCGUUGAAGAUCGAGCAAUUGAAGAAUCGGUACGAAUUAUCGUUGGAUUUGUUGGGCAAGAAUGACGAUGGAACGAUUGUAACUGCUACACAGAUCAAAAUACAAAAUGCGCAGGAAAAGUAUAUGCUGUUAAGAGAAGGUAGCGAGCUCAAUGUGAAGAUUCUGAAGGCUGAGGAAGAUUUGAAGGCGUUGGAAAAUACAUUGAAGUUGAUGAAUUUUUCAAACGAGACGUACAAACGCGGUUUUCAAAAAGUGGACGAAGAUAAUCCGGAUAUUCAACAGAUGAACAACAUUCAGAAUGACUACUGCAAGGCGUUAUCUGCUUUGAAGAGUGUGAAGACCGAUCUGGCGUUUAAUACGGAAAAUCUUCAUAACUUGAACGAAGAAAGGGAAGAGAGUGAUAAAGCGUUAGAGGUAACCAUGAAGGUUCGACUGGAUAACAACGAUGUGCUCCUGAAAAUCCAAAAGGAACUGCUGGAUCAGAAGACCAAAAUACAACGCGCUGAGCGGGAACUUCGUUUAGCCAUCAAGGCAGCUCGUGCGAAGACAAACGACGAAGAUUUGCUGGUUACCUUUCAGAAAGACUUGAAUCUGAAGGAACUGGAAGAGCGUAAUAACAUGGCGCUUCAUCAGGUGGCCGAUUUGAUUGAGAUUUUCCAGGAGAUGAAUCCAACGGUAAACAAGUAUUUCUACGACAAGGGUUUACGGCUGCCGACGGUACGUCGAGCCAAGAGUCAGAUAUCGUGGCGAAGUGAAAACUCUCCCGGGUCAGACUACAGUGGGCGUGAUGAUACGGGUUCGUCGAAGCCAGCAUCUAAAAUGUCCAUGUGCUCAGCAUCGACACGCUCAUCGGACUCGUCGGAGAACAUUGCCAAGUCGUUCGACAAUCGGAUGAGUGCCGGUCUUUCGGUAAUUCUGAUAGACUUUCCCGGAGCUAGCGGUAGCAAAAAACCUGGUGGGAUCCAGAAGAAGUAAAGCCAUAAAACCAGAAGGACGACGACGACUACGAUGGCUUUCUUUCAACAUCUAUUGGAGUGAAGAUCAAACAUUUCAGUUCACUGUUGAAAUUUAUUCUCAUUGGCAUUUCAUAUCAAUAUCAAUAGUGUUUGUGUGACUUCCAUUCAAGGUAGGAAAUUUCGGUAAAAACUACUACAAGUACUAUUUAUUUAUCAAUAGUUCGUCCUAUAUAAGUCUUGUUAGCGUAAACUCCGAAAUGAAAAUUCAAAACCCUAACCAGAAUGAACAUUUACCAGUUUUGUCUGUUUUAGUGUAUUUUUGUGUGAUUGAAUGAAAUAUUUCGUACGUUGCAAAAACUGUCCUCGGAUGACUGUUAGUUAUCCGCGCAUGUGUGCACAGUUUGUUAGUGUUUCGCGCAAUUUGCCGUCAACGGUUCUACAGAUUUGUUUUGUUACUCCAUAAUAGUAUCACUAACUUCGUUUGCAAUGAGUCUGCCUCAGCGUGUAAUGUGUGCUCUUUCUCGAAUUGGUUCGAGAAUUAGAUUCUGUUUACAACCUAGAUUUAUGUACAAUGACUAUACAUUACCAUAUUGAAUGAUAUCCUACUAAAUGCAACAUACGCCGAAACAACGGUAGUUUUAUUGAAUCCGAAAAGCAUACAUACAUUACAUAGGUACAAAGUUUUAUUGAUUUUUUAUUCGAUGAGUAAUACACGGUACACUAAUAGCGUUCGAUCGCGAUCUAAGCAUUCUAUCUUUGUGAACAUUUAUGCUGAGCUGGUUUAUAUUCUAGUUGUUGUUUGAAUCUGUUCUCAUCCCAACUUAUCGAAGGACACAUUCAUGAAAAACUACAUGUUUCAGCUCACCUGUAGACCUUUGUGAUGUUCUAUUUCACAAUGAAUUUGAAUGAUUUGAUGGCAUAUCUAGCCUGCAUAUUUAGUUGUAUGCUAAACAUUUUAUGAAUUGGAAAAGGAAUGUGCUUUAAUUUGGGAGUAAUGUGGUUAGAUCCUCUUUGAAAACCAAUUAUCAAAGGUCUACAGUUGAGCACAAGUUCUGUUUUGUUAUUUAUGCUAAAGAGAAAGGGUAACGCUGGGUUCAAUUGCAUCUAAUUCGUUUAAUACUUAUUUACUGCUCAAGGGAAGAUCUUCGGAUGGUAAUAUGGUUUUAAAACUUGGGUAGCUUUCGUUCUAAUUUAUUAUAUUGCAUACCUGUUUUACUUGAUUGUAACUUUACAGAUACGUAUUCCGACAGUCGUCUUCAGUGUCUCGAAAUCUUCCACUCUAAAUACGUAUCUGUAGAGUUACAAUAGUUACAAUAAAUGGUGAAAAUCAAUUAAAUAAUAAUAACUUGUCUUGUAGAAAAAUCCUUCCCCUCGGAUAUGUUACCUUGCCGCGGUGGGUCGGCUUACGCCAUUAGCACUGAUAUGGCAACCAAAGACAUAUCCUGUCGUGGUGGUAUCACAUGUUGACUAUUUUUGUUUGGUGCCGCGUUACAUAUUUGGCAUUGACGCACUAAUUUACGGCAUUUGCAUGUGAUCCAACGGAUCUCGUAUCUUGGAGCCUUGAAUGGUAGUGCAGUCAGGCAGAGGCCUUUUUCAUCAGUGAUAAUGAUGUGAGUUCUCUUCUUUUCGGCAAUACUUUUCUGAUGCGUUCCCUGUGAUGAUGAGUCGUAGCUACGCUUACAUUUAGCUAGCUAGGCAUUUAUUGAAAAACAAAGUAUUCAAGACAUUCGUAGGGAAUCGACUGCUGGAUUCACUGAGUAGAAGUUUUUUCAAAACUAGGAACGUGGUGCCAGUUUUACUUUGUUAUGCCUCACUUCGAAGAGCAAUAAUAAAAAAAUACCACACAUUAUAAUGAUGGUAUAUGAACAAUCUUAUGACGGCUUCAUUCACGAUAAUUUUUGCUAAUAGUAGGGAAUAGGCGUGAUGAAGCUUUACUUUGCCACCGAAAAGUGAAUCCUAUAGCUGACUCAUACCUGAUCAUUAGUACAGUUAGUUUGGAAACGAUCAAGCUACUUAUUAGAACAUAAUAAUAGUAAUACCUUGACAAAGGAACAGUGUUGGUAAAAACUCAAAUUCUCAAAUCUCAUCCACGAUUCAAAUCAUGCACGAGGCAAACCCCACCCGACUCAUGGCCCAGAGAAUCGUCCAUGAUUCGACUCGCGAUUUGCAUCAUUACAUGAUUUUUGCGUAUUCUUCUUUGUUAAAUUCAUCGGAAUAACUUUCUUUACUUAAAACAAUAGAUAAUAAAUCCAUACGUAAACAUAAAAUACGCUUCGAUUGGGUUUUGACAGGUUUUGGAGCGAAAUCAUUUUUCGGCGAAUGAGCGAAACGGUGCGAUUCUGCGUGAAAAACUCAUGCGCGAUGCUCUCCCUGCAGAAUCGCAAGCGAGUCAGCUCGCGCAUGAGGUUUCGGUGAGUGAGAUUUGAGCAUGAUUCUACCAACACUGCAAAGGAAUAACAAUAAAAUAGACUAAAUGCACGAACAGUUUCCACUUUUUACAAGACAUAACUUACAUUGUGUUUGAUAGUAUUGACACAGGAUGAACCAAUAACUUAGGCAAACAAAGUAAUUCAAGGAACGCAUACUUCAUACCUUCUGACCAUAAAGACAAGAAUGACAUCGUACAGAUCAAUCUAUAUGAUUCGGCAAUUGAGCCUUCAAAAUAAACGAAAGAUUAAAAAAAUAAUAAUCUAUAUGAUUAGGAAUGAGAUAAUGGGAGAGAGUAUCUAUUAGAGUUGUAAAUGUAAUGUCUUUUGAGCCAGUUCAACAGUGUCUUAAGGGACGACAUGAUCCUUGUACGGCUAAAAAUCUUCCGGCUCAGUUUCUACGAUGAAGCAUUGGGCAACAUGUUUCAUGUGAGUCGGAUAAACUGCUUCGGUCGAUUUUAAGCGCGUACAAUGACAAUAGACGUAAUAGCAUAAAAACUGGCUAAAUAAUUUGACUCUGACAAGAAAAUGACAAAAAUGACUUUAAACUAUUACGAUGUUAGUUAGCAUGAGACCUCUCCGACUAUUUAUGAACGUAAAUCCCUCUGAUUCAGUUGCAACAGCGUCUUCUUGGACGACAUGUUCCGUGUACGGCUGGCAAACUGCUUCGAAUGGAAUUAUGCUACGGUAUCAUCAAAGGCCUGGUGCAGAGGUUUCUACUCUAUUCAGAGUCCCGCCAGUGAAACUUCAUAAAAAAAAUAAUAACUUGUCUUGUAGAGUAAUAAAGGACAUUCACUAAGCUUAAAAAAAUAUAUUGUCUGUUGAGUCAGGAGAAUAUUACUCGCCAUCUAACUAUUUCCGCACCAUAACAUGGAUAAUAAAAUGAUGGAUCAGUCGGCUGUGUAACAAACAGCCGACGCUGCAAUUAGCUACCUUCUGACGCAAUUAGCUGCCUUCAGCACUAAACAAGCUGAGCAAGGCUCCGAAUUUAAUCAGCUCCGCAUAUCAAACCAAACCAGGAACCACCAUUAGUUUUCAUUAAGCACUUUCACAGCUAUUAACUGGGAGGUAUCUAACCCAAAUUACCAUUUUUGCAAUAUGAACUUACAAAAUGUAUUAUAUUAGUACCAAUUCCAGAUAAAACAGCAGCCACUAUAGAAAAAGGGCUACGAAAUGGUGAGUUGACAUCCGGAAAGAAGCGCCUAACAUAGCUCUGGUCCUCACAAGUUCCGAUACUCACGCUUCCACGGGUCUUCCGAUGACAAUUGGCUGCCAGCUAAGGGUUGCGUACUUAGCUGUGUAGCCUGGGCACUGUUUUCCUUCUGACAUCAGCUAGAGUGAGAGGGUGUGUCCUGUGGGGUCUGCCUAGGAUGUGGUGGGGUUCGACAGUGGGCUCUGUUGAACUUCUAUAAAAAGCUGCAAGUAUCCCCAAGCAGGCCCUAUCAAAGCGACCGUGUGCCGCUCAAAACGCACUAGCCUAUUCCUGGUGUUGGGUAGGACUUUAAACAAAUUUGACCCGACUUAUCAAGCGUCUGUUCACCAAGGAGGUGCGGUUCCAACAGCGUCUGUUCUGGCAUUCAGCGGCUGAGUAUGAAAUGCUAUUCCCCGGAAGCUAUACCCAAGAUGGCAGCCUCAUCCCGGUGGAUAGGGAACCUUGGACCAACAACCUACUGUUCCCGAAACAUCAAUUUGUUCGAGAAUCCGAUAAUGAAAGAAUACGGACUGAUUUCACGGCGACGACUCUUAGCGCGAAACAACGGACACGAAUAGGAACAUGGAACGUUUUAACCGUAGCCCAGCAGGGUAAAUUGGCACAACUUGCCAAUAAGGCACGCCGCAUGAAGCUUGAGAUCCUGGGACUGAGUGAAGUCCGUUGGCAAAACUUUGGAGAACAUAGAACGCCGUCAGGACAAGUUCUGUUAUACUCUGGUUUACGAGGAGAACACGCUUCCCGGCAUCGCGGAGUUGGCUUCCUACUAAGUGCUCAGGCACACUCUGCGCUUAUGAAGUGAGAACCUAUAAGUGAAAGGAUAAUCGUUGCCAGAUUUAGAACACGGGUCCGAAACCUUACUAUAAUCCAAUGUUAUGCGCCAACCGAUGCUGCCGAUCUGCAAGACAAAGAGAACUUCUAUAGUCAACUCAAUGCCAUCGUAGAUAGAAUUCCGAAGGGUGAUAUCAAGAUCUGUUUGGGCGACUUCAAUGCGA